UCCAAGUGGAGAGAGACACACGGAGAGACACACAGAGAGACACACACAGAGACACACAGAGAGACACACAGAGACACACACAGAGACACAGAGACACACAGAGACAGAGAGACACACAGAGACAGACACAGACAGAGACACACACACAGAGACACACAGAGAGACACACAGAGACAGAGAUACACACAGAUACGCAGAGAGAGACACACACAGAGACAGAGACAGAGACACACACAGAGACACGCACAGAGACACACACAGAGACACACAGAGACACACACAUAGACACACAGAGACACACAGAGACAGAGAGACACACACAUAGACACAGAGACAGACACGGAGACAGAGAGACGCACACAGAGACAGAGACACACAGAGAGACACACAGAGACAGAGACACACACAGAGACACACAGAGAGAGACACAGAGACACACAGAGAGACACACAGAGACAGAGACACACACAGAGACACAGAGAGAGAGACACAGAGACACACAGAGAGACACACAGAGACAGACACAGAGACAGAGAGACACACAGAGACACACACAGAGACACAGAGACAAAGAGACACACAGAGACACACACAGAGACAGAGAGACACAGAGACAGAGACAGGGAGUGAGACACACACAGAGAGACAGAGACAUACACAGAGACACAGGGAGUGAGACAGAUACACGAAGAGUGCACUUGCCCCCAGAGUCUGGUCAAGGCUACACAGGGGACCUUUGUCUUUGUGCGAGUCCAGCCGGAGACAUGAAGGAAGAGGCACACGUGGUGAAGAUUGAAGCAGAACGAGACGUCAGCGUGGGUCCCGGCCGGGAGACGUCGCGGCCGCUGAAGGUGAAGGCCGAACGGCAGGAGGGAGACUCGGCUCCGGACGUGAAUUUGAUCAAAGUCGAGAUGCCAGAGGAGAGCGGAGAGUCCCGUGAUGGACCGCCGCUCUCUCCAGAUCGCAACUUCAUCGAGGUUGAGCUGUCGGAGGAGGAGGAUGAUGAGGAUGUUGGCGAAGACCAAGCCGGCCCUACGGAGCGGCCUCCGUGUGCGGAGUGCGGCGCUGGCAGCGGCGGCGUCACGACACCGAGAGCCUGUGCGGAGUAUGGCACGGCUCCGCCAGGCGACCGCGAUCACAGCGCCGGCCAACGGCAACAGCAGCAGCCGCAGGCUAAGAAGCAGCAGCAGCAGAAACAGCAGCAGAAGCAGCAGCAGCAGAAGCAGCAGCAGCAGAAGCAGAAGCAGCAGCAGCAGAAGCAGCAGAAGCAGAAGCAGCAGCAGCAGAAGGGGAGAAGGACACCCGGCGCGCAGGAGCGACGCGCACCAUCGCCAGUCGGCACGGAGCCGGCACGUGCCGCCGACGCUGCGGGAGAGCGUCAGGAGGAGAAGAACGACAACACCACCGCCACCGCCGGCGCUUCGGCGAGGAAUAAACCGAAGCGGAGGGUUUCGUGCGCGGAGUGCGGCAAGCACUUCUCGUACCGCUGCCUCCUGCGCAAGCACGCGGCCACGCACACGGGGGAGAGGCCCCACGCCUGCCCCGACUGCGGCCGCGCGUUCUCGCAGCGCUACAACCUGGAGGCCCACGCUCGCGUCCACACGGGCGAGCGGCCCCACGUCUGCCCCGAGUGCGGCCGGGCCUUCGCCCAGCGCUUCGCCCUGGCCAGGCACGCGCGGGCCCACGCCGGGGUGAGGCCUCACGCCUGCGAGCAGUGCGGCAAGCGCUUCGGGGAGCUCUCGGACCUGCGGGCUCACGUGGCGUCGGCCCACGCCGGAGAGAGGCCGCACGUCUGCGGCGAGUGCGGGAAGGGGUUCUCGAAGCGCUCCGUUCUUCGCAAGCACGGGCUCACUCACUCGGGGGAGCGCCCGCACGCUUGCGCGCUUUGCGGGAAGGCGUUCGCGCGGCGAUACGCGCUUGAGGCGCACGCCGGGACCCACGCCGCUGAGAGGCGUCACGCGUGCGGCGAGUGCGGGAAGCUGUUCGCGCGGCCGUCCUACCUGAGGAAGCACCGCGCCGGGACGCACGCCGCCGAGAGGCCGCACGUUUGCCCCGAGUGCGGGAAGGGCUUCGCCCGACGCUCGGGCCUGGAGGCGCACGCCAGGGGGCACGCAGGAGAGCGUCCGCACGCUUGCGGCGAGUGCGGCAAGGGGUUCGCUCGCAGCUCGGAUCUGAAGAAGCACGCGAGGGCUCACUCGGGAGAGCGGCCGCACGUUUGCCCCGAGUGCGGGAAGGGGUUCGCGCGGAGCGACUAUCUGAAGAGCCACUCCAGGACUCACCGGCAGGCAGAGGUCGCAAACGGGUUUUGAUUGCUUACCCCCCGUACCCGGCCGCACCAGGGUCGCAAACGGGAACCCGUACCCUCCCCGAAAUGAGUGACAAACGGUUACUCACCGGUGACUCACGGCCUACCCGUACCCGUACCCGGCCGCACCAGGGUCACAAAUGAGUACCCGUACCCGGCCGGGUACGGGUGCCAGUUCCCUACCCGUACCCUACCCGAAAUGAGUGACAAACGGUUACUCACCAGUGACUCACGGUCUACCCGUACCCGGCUGCACCAGGGUCGCAAACGGGUACCCGUACCCAGCCGUACCCGUACCCUACCCGUACCCGGGUACGGGUAUCGGGUACCUGAUUGCGACCUCUGGGAUGAAGCCAUGUUGCAGGCACGGGUGGGUUGAUUCUAGGAACUUGAAUUGUGAGAAGAGACAAGACGUUGGGAAAUGAGUGACAAACGGUGACUCACCAGUGACUCACGGUCUACCCGUACCCGUCCACACCAGGGUCGCAAACGGCUACCCGUACCUGUACCCGGCCGGGUACGGGUAGCCGGGUAUCGGGUAGGGUACGGGUAUCGGGUACCCGGUUGCGACCUCUGCCGGCAGCUGUAGAAACGCGAUGCCCCGGGAGCUUCCGUUCGGGUUGAGCGCAGUGGUGGCGUGAAACGCUUCGGACGCGAAGUGUUUUGCAAGUUGUCUCGCGAAUGCCGAUUCGUUUUGCAGCACCUCCUCAUCUUUCGUCUAAUUCAUCUUUUUCUAAUCCUCCUUCUUUUCCUACUGAUUCUUCUAUUAAUUCUUCUUACUUGAUUUGGAGCUGACUUAUUCUAAUUGUUCUCCUCCUAUUCCUUCUUCAAAUCCUACUACUGUGAAUUCUUCUACGACUAAUUCUUCUACCAAUUCUUCUAAUUCUUCUUCUAAUUCUUCUUACUUGAUUUGGAGCUUACUUAUUCUAAUUGUUCUUCUCCUAUUCCUUCUGCUUCCAAUUCUUAUUCUAAUUCUUAUUCCAAUUCUUCUUCUUAUUCUAAUUCUUCUUCUACUAAUUCUUCUUAUAAUUCUUAUUCUUCUGGUGGGAGCAGCGGAGUAGCGGAGUGCAUCGCGGCGAUGUCUCCUCUGUGUGCCUUGUGGAAUCGGGGCGUUGCGUCGCUGUAUACGUCGUACGGUUUGGCCGCAUGCAUUUGUAAUAAAGCUCGUUG